AUGGAAGAGAGAGUCCCAAAACUGUCUCUUGCCGUUAGAAAACAUAAACCUCAAGAAUGUAACUCCACUUUAACGUGUUCUAUUGGUCAUUGGGCUAAACCGCUCAUAGGGUCACCACAAAAACCCACCAAAAAUCGGAAAACCCUCACCUUAAUAUCUCAACAACUGCUUCAUAACCAAUUAGAAAGCUCCAAAAUUGGUAUUUUAUGCCAAUCUUAA